UUCCAGCCUUCUCUCUGGUUGCAACAACUUGAAUGUCUUGUCUAUGCUGGUGGAUUAUUAACAGAGGUUAUUGGUCGCCAUGGCAAAACAAUUGAACGAUUGCACAGAACGUAAUCUCAUUUAUGGGGGUGCAAAAAAAAAAAAAAGAAAAGACAUAGGGUCAGGGAUAUAAAUGCCCAUCACCACCAACGGCCUGCUGUAGCUGAGAAGUGAAUCGACUCCAAGGACACCAUUCAAAAAGCUCUGACGCUUGGUUCCAAUUUUCUUACUGAACUGAGUACAGCUACUGGAACGCACUGCCAGAUCUCGGUGGAGACCUGUGAAGCAGUUGGUGAGAAGCCUUUGAUCCCCGUGCUUUACUGUGCCACCCCAGCAUGUGUACUGGGGGCUGUGCCAAGUGCCUGGGGGGCACCCUCAUUCCCCUGGCUGUGUUUGGCCUCCUGGCGAAUAUCCUGUUGUUCUUUCCUGGAGGAAAGGUGAUAGAUGACAACGACCACCUUUCCCAAGAGGUCUGGUAUUUCGGAGGAAUUGUGGGAAGCGGAGUCUUGAUGAUCUUCCCUGCACUGGUAUUCCUGGGCCUGAAAAACAAUGACUGUUGUGGAUGCUGUGGCAAUGCAAGCUGUGGGAAACGAUUUGCGAUGUUUACCUCCACAUUGUUUGCUCUGAUUGGAUUUGUGGGUGCUGGAUACUCAUUCAUCGUCUCAGCUGUCUCCAUCAACAAAGGUCCGAAAUGCCUCUUGAGCAAUGGUACCUGGGAAUACCCCUUCCACAGUGGCGAUUAUCUUAAUGACCAAGCCUUGUGGAACAAGUGCACAAAGCCCCAGGAUGUGGUCCCCUGGAAUCUGACCCUCUUCUCCAUCCUGCUGGUCAUUGGAUUGAUCCAGAUGGUGCUCUGUGCCAUCCAGGUGAUCAAUGGUCUCCUGGGAACCCUCUGCGGAGACUGCCAAUGUUGUGGCUGCUGUGGGGGGAAUGGAGCAGUCUAACAGGUUGUGAUGAGCAAUUCUGACUUCACAGCACUUCCAGUGAGAAGUCCUACCCCAGGACAUACCACAGACCCAACCUUGCCCACAGGGGAUGCUAAUUCCUGUCUUUUUCCUCUUUGGCAGAGGCUGAGAGGCACAAGGAUUGUUUUCUCUUUUCAAAUAACUUUGCUCAACCUAGAAAUUUGGUGGGUUUGUGUUUUUUCUCAAAAUAAAUAAAUAAAUAAAAGUAACUGGGUAACUUUACAAAUUAACCCCCUUUUAGAAUUCCAGACCAAGUUAAAAGCAGCUUUUUCAUGAUUUCCCCUAGAAAAUGUAAACAAGAUGAAGCUGUUUGUCCCACCACACCCCUUCUUUGUAUAUAAAGAUGUUCAUAUAUUAGGAGGAUUUGCAUAACUCUAAGGAAAAACUCAUUAAAGUGAAAAACCAGUUUUUCAGGAUGCAUGGAUAAGGGAUAAUUGCUGUAUGAGAUAUUUCUAUGUGAAGUCUGUUUGGGCUGACCUGUCUGGGCUACUUGUGACUAGUUUUAUGGGCCUGUCAUUAUUAGCCAGGGUUCCCACAUGUAUAUGAAAUUAAAUUAAUUAAAUUAAUAAUUAAAAUAAUAAA